CAGAAAAGAAGCGAAGGAAGUCAAAUACUCAGGGCCCUGCAUACUCACAUCUGACGGAGUUUGCACCACCUCCGACUCCCAUGGUGGAUCACCUGGUUGCAUCCAACCCUUUUGAGGAUGACUUCGGAGCCCCAAAGAGAACCAAAUAGCUUGAAGAAGCAGGAGAGUACGUGGCUAUGGCAGUUUCUUGGUGAUUUGGGGCUUCAAGACAGUAGGUGGCAGCCUCAGCGGCCCCGGGGGACCUCAGCAACUAUGGCCUCCUGCCCAGACUCGGACAAUAGCUGGGUGCUUGCCGGCUCAGAGAGCCUACCUGUGGAGACGCUGGGCCCUGAGUCCAGGAUGGACCCAGAACUUGAGAGAGCUCCCGGGGCCCCUCGGAGUCCCUCCAAGGCAGCUGCGAAGGAAUUAGCUGGAACCUUGGAUGGAAAAGAGACCCUGUUCCAGAGUGAGAGCUCCCAGUCUGGGUGCAUUCUGCCAGAAGAGACGGAGGCCACGGGUGUCCUGGAAGGUGAUGAUCAUGGAGUGGAGCCCCCUGGCCCGGGAGAUACAGAGGCCCAGGGAGACUUGGAGGAGCCCCCGGAAGUGGUAGGCCUGGGACCGGACGCACAGGACCUGGAGGAUCAGAGCCCCCCCCCCAGCCUGUCCUCAUCCCCCAAAACAGCUUGGUCCAGGGAGGAGGCCCACUGCUCCAGCAGUGAGGACGACACCGACGUGGACGUGGAGGGUGUGCGGAGACGGCGGGGCCGGGAGCCCAGCACUCCUCGGCCCGCAGCCCCCCUGAGUGUGGAGGAGCAGGCUGGGGGCGAGGGUGCAGGCGGGGAGUUGGGCAUCUCCCUCAACAUGUGCCUCCUUGGGGCCCUGGUUCUGCUGGGCCUGGGUAUCCUCCUCUUCUCCGGUGGUCGCUCAGAGUCUGAAAGUGGGCCUGCGGAGGAAGUGGACCUGCAGGUCUUCCCAGAUUCCGGGUCAGAUACUGAGAUGCAGGAGGCUGAGGGGGAUGGGCAGGAUGAGCUAAAGCAGCGGCUGCAGACCUCAGUGCCGCCUGACAGUGUCCCCAGUCUGCAGAACAUGGCCCUUCUGCUGGACAAGCUGGCCAAGGAGAACCAGGAUAUCCGGCUGCUGCAGGCCCAGCUGCAGGCCCAGAAGGAAGAGCUUCAGAGCCUGAUGCAUCAGCCCAAAGGGCUACAAGAGGAGAAUGCCCGGCUCCGAGGGGCCCUACAGCAGGGCGAAGCCUCCCAGCGGGCCCUGGAGUCAGAGCUGCAGCAGCUGCGGGCCCGGCUCCAGGGUCUGGAGGCUGACUGCGUCCGGGGCACAGAUGGGGUGUGUCUCCAUUGGGGCAGAGGCCCGCAGGCUGGCAGGGCCACCAAGGAGCAAGGCCCCAUUGGGCAGGAGUCAAGCCCUGGAUUCCUAGAGCAGAAGGAACAGCUAGAGGCUGAGGCCCGGGCAUUAAGGCAAGAGUUGGAGAGGCAGCGGCGGCUGCUGGGGUCUGUGCAGCAGGACCUGGAGCAGAGCUUGAGGGAGGUGGGCCGAGGGGACCCAGCCCGUGCUGGCCUGGCUGAGCUGGGUCACAGGCUGGCCCAGAAGCUGCGGGGCCUGGAGAACUGGGGCCAGCGCCCUGGGGUCCCUGCCAAUGUCUCAGAGGCCUGGCAUCAGGAUCCUCACUUCCAGAGUUCCAGGAAGUGGAGUGGAAAGGAAAAGUGGUGGGAUGGGCAGAGGGACCAGAAGACUGAGCACUGGAAACAUAAGAAGGAGGAAUCUGGCCGGGAAAAGAAAAAGAGCUGGGGGGGUGAGGAGGACAGGGAGCUGGCGGGGAGGUGGAAGGAGGGCAAGCCAAGGGUGGAGGGGUGGGCCAGCAAGAAGGAUGGCAAGCGACAGGGUUCCAAGGAGACCCCCAGGAAAAGUGGGAGCCCCCAGUCCUCCGGAGAAAGGCAGAAACACCCUCGGUGGAAGGGGGGAGCUAAAGUCAGGGAUGACCCCCUGCCACCCUGGGCAGAGCUGUCGAGGCAUAAGUACCAGGCACCGCAGGGCUGCUCGGGUGUGCACGAGUGUGCCCGUCAGGAGGGCCUGGCCUUCUUCGGCAUGGAGCUGGCCCCCGUGCGGCAACAGGAGCUGGCCUCUCUGCUGAGGACGUACCUGGCGCGGCUGCCCUGGGCCGGGCAGCUGACCGAGGAGCUGCCCCUCUCUCCUGCUUACUUUGGUGAGGAUGGUAUCUUCCGCCACGACCGCCUCCGCUUCCGGGACUUUGUAGAUGCCUUGGAGGACAGCCUGGAGGAGGUGGCGGUGAGACAGACAGGUGAUGAUGAUGAGGUGGAUGACUUUGAGGACUUCAUCUUCAGCCACUUCUUGGGAGACAAAGCACUGAAGAAGAGGUCUGGGAAGAAGGACAAACAUUUGCGGAACCCCAGAGUUGUGGGGCCCAGGGAGGAACACAGCCACCACCGCCGGGGCUGAGGCCGCGUGUUAUCUAUCCCCUGGGAACCGUUAAACUGCCACCUCCCUCGGCUUGGUGUCCUUGGAUAUCCUUCCCAGAGGAGAGCGGAGAUCACCCAGCCCUGCACUGAUGCCACUUGUGCUAGAAAAAGGCCUUAGCCGGGCCUGCCUUGCUCUCUAUGCAAAUGUAUGCAAAUGCUCAGGGCCGUGGGCUGUGACCCUUGCAGCCUGAUUGUAUCACGCCAGUGUGUAGGGGGGAUGGGAGAGAAACCUGUUUUUGGGGGGUGGGGUGGAGGUAGGGGGUGUGGGGGCAAUUCUAAUUGUGAAGUCAGAGAGCUUUGCUCCUCUUGUGUGGGGGGGGCGGGGGGGGGAGGAGGAGGGCCCAGAGUGGGCCCCUUGGCUGCACAGGCUGCCCUGUGCCCCCCCGGGGAUUUGACAGGCCUGGCUGGAGGCCCAGCCUGAGGGCUCCCCCUGGGGUUUUGUCAGAUUUGGAAGGCGCUGGCCCCAGCAGGGUGAAGUCCCCUUUUUAGCCCUGCUCCUCACGUGGCCUCACCUCCCCAUGUGAACUGUAGACUUGGAUCCCAAUAAAAUGCGGUUGGAGCUGUGACACUGGGUGGGGGCUCUGUCACUUGGGGCUGUUUCUGAGCACAAGGGACACCCAUGCCCACCACCUUGUAGGCACUGGUACGCACCUUCUCUCAUAUACGCCUCUCCCUGUCACCUCACCCUUGCAGCAAACCUCAGACCCUCUGGGCUGCAACGCCCCAUUUUGCCCACAGCUGCCUUGGCUGCACCCCUGGGAGAUGUAGAAAUAUGUGAGUAGGUUUUGGAGUCUGAGCCUUGGGCUCAAAUCCAGGUUGAGUGAUUUUGGGCAAGUUAAUCCCUGGGAGCCUUGGGUUUCUAAUCCUCAAAAAAGGAGAUUGAGGGGCUAGGGAAGACAUUAAAUAAA